AUGGAUCUUUCUACAACUUCCAUUCCUAUUAGUAGUUCAUGGUGUACUGUUUCACUGGGUGGAUCUAAAAAUGAUAUUAUAUUUUUAAUUGAUGGUUUGAUGUUCGAUUCAAAUAACAAAAUUAGUACCUCAUUAGUUUAUACAUUCAAUACAUUUGACCAAACCUGGUCUGCUCCAAAAAUUUCUGGUGAUUCUCCACAAAGGCGUAAAGAAAUAACUUCUUUUUUUAAUCCCAGUGACAAAAAAAUUUAUAUAUUUGGUGGAUUAUCUGAUACAACAACUGGUUCAUCCGAAUCUUUGUAUUAUAAUGAUAUGAUUAUUUUAGACACUAUUCAUUUAACUUGGACUAUGAAUACUUUUUCAUUUGCUCCUACAAAAAGGGCUGGGCAUACAUUAACAAUGUGGAAUGAAAUGGUUUUUAUGAUCGGAGGGAAAGAGAUUUACACUAAUGAUAAUAAAGUAAAACUUGUAGAUAUGAAUGAAGUCUGGGUAUACGAUACGAAUUCAGGAAUUUGGUCGCUUCAUACGGCUAUUGGUGAUAAAAUCGAUUCUCGUAUCUUUCAUACUGCUGUACUUGAUAAAUAUCAUCGUGGAAGGAUCAUUAUUUAUAGUGGAAUGAGUGAUAAUCCUUCAGAUCUUAGAUGUCGUAAUGGAUCAGCAAAUCCUUCAAAUUAUGGAUCAAAUUUGUUAAAUAUUAAAAAUUCUUAUUAUUUUAUAGGCAAAUCUACAUCUAAUACUACUGUUUUAAAUAAUGAAAGUCCUGUUAUUUACUUGUUUGAUACAAUAGGUUACAAAUGGGUUACAUCAUAUUUUCCAAAUGAACCGAAAGUUUUAUUAGCAGCUGACUCAUCAGCCACAAAUGAUCCAAACUUAAGUGAUACAGGUUCAAAUGGUCUUUCGAUGCCAGCAAUUAUUGGUAUAGUUACUGGCGUGGUAUUUUUCGCAUUGGCACUUUUGCUCCUUUUUUUCCGUUAUUAUCAAAAGCAUAGAAUCAAGUCUGCAUCACCGGAAGUUCUGAUAGCUACUGAUCCUAUAUUUAUUCCUCUAUCAGUCAAUAAUGAGACAAAUCAACAACCAAGUUCUCCAAUAAAUAUGUCUCAGAGAACAUCUUCAACUCCUAUAAGUAGUACUCCAAAUCGUCCAUCUUCUCUAUCAUCUGCAAGUAGUGGCUCCAUUCUUAAAAAACAGCCUCGACUGAAAAGUCUAAAUCAAAAAGUACAAUUUCAAGGACAUUCACAAGUAGAUCCACAAAAUUCUCAAGUAAAUUCUCAACAAUUACAAGUAGAUUCUCGACAGUCUCUGAAAUCUCAACAAUCAGAAUUAGAUUCCCGACAGUCUCAACAAUUACAAGUAGAUUCUCGACAAUCUAAACAGUCUCAAGAAUCUCAAGUAGAUACUAAACGGUCUCAACAAUCUCGAGAAUCUUAUCAAUCACAAAUAGAGUAUCGACAAUCUCAAUAUUCACAAGUAUAUUCUCAACCAUCUAAAGUUAGUUCUCGAAAAUCAUCAUUACAAGAAGAUUCUCGACGAGUAAGUUUUCAAAUAACACAAGUAGAUUCUCGACAAUCUCAACAAUUAUCGGAGGAUCCUCAACAAUCACAAGUAAAUUCUCGACGAUCUCAACAACCACAUGAAUAUUCCCGAAAAUCAUCAAUGGAUUCUCAACAACAACAAUUCCAACAUAUUGAUCCAAUAUAUCAGCCAACAAUAUAUACUGUACCAUUUCCACAAAUGCGCCCACAAAUAUACUCACAACUUCAGCCAACAUAUCCUCCGGUACAUCCGCAACCUAUUAUAUAUUCUCAUUAUCCGAGUGGUUAUUCUCCAGGGAAUUAUCCUAUUUAUUCUCCAGGGAAUUAUUCUCCAAUUCAACCAAAUUUUAAUGUUAUACCUGAGACUGUUGAAAAUGAACAACCAAUACAUAUAUAUACAACUAAUGAUGGACAACAAGAAGGUUAUCAACAAUAUACACCUAGUAAUGAAUCGGACAAAAAGUUUCCUGACCCAAGGG